AUGUUUGCUGCUAGGACUGCUGCAUCAGAGAGCCGCAUUGAAGAUCGCUUACCGGCGCCAAUCAGAACAGGAGCUGUGAAGGAGUUUUGUUACUUCUUCAAGAGGGAAGAUGAUCAGCCGAUCACUUCAUCCAACCUCAAUGAACAAAUCCUGUUUGGAUGCUCUCGAGGUCCAUUGUUGGAUUCACUUCUGAGCCAGAUGAAUAACAUCUAUGUUCCUGUAGCGCUAGCUGACCACGGCUGGCCUGAUAAUGUACGAAAGGAGUUCACAUCACAAGUCCAGAACUUUAUGCUCACCGUGACCGCCAUGACUCAUCAAGGGAAAGGUAGCACGGUUCUUUAUAUUCCUCAGGACAACUUUGCCAACCUUGAAGCUGCCUCAAAGGAUAAGGACAUUGUACAGCGUUGCUUGACUUUGCGCAGCAGCAAAGCUGUGCAAGACAUUGUGCACCUUACUUUGACUGUGAAACGUUUGAAAGUUGCAUUGAUCCAUUGGCACAGGCAGAUCAAGGAGGUGACCACUCAGCAGGACUCGGCCAAUGAAGGUGAGAACAACGGCCCGCUGGAUGAAAUUGAGUUCUGGAACGCCCGUGACAAGAUCCUCAACUUCAAGCGAUUCGAAAAUUUGCGAUUCCUCAACUUUCUCAAAGAACCAUGCGAGAAGCUCGCAGAAGCAACGCCACCAGAGAUCCCUGCAAUUCUUCCAGAGCUAUUGAACUAUGUGCGUAUGAUUUGGUCCAUCUCCACCCAUUAUCAGAAGGAGGACAGGAUUUCAGGCCUCCUCAGAAAGAUGAGCAAUGAAAUCAUCAAGCGCUGUCAAGCCACUAUCGACCUGUCCGACAUUUUUGCUGGCAAAGUCGAGACCUCAAUGGUGAAGUUGCAGCAGUGUAUCGACUGCGGCCGUGAAUGGAAGAGGGCUUAUCAGAAGACUGUGAGGCCUGAUCACUUUGGCGCCUUCAAGAACCAGAUGAGGGAUUUGGAGGCUAGACACUUUCAGGUCAUCAACAGCGCCUUCGAAGGGGUUGGAACUGUCCAGACAGCAUGCCAAGUGCUCGACAGCUUCUACCAAUUGGCACAGAGAGAACGCGUCAAAGCCUUCGUGGAGAAGAAGGGUGAGACCUUGUAUAACAUUUUCCUCAGCGAACUCAACCACAACAUUAAGAAAGAAUUUGACCAGUUCAGGAAGCUGCCUUCGCUACCGAUCAUCCAGGGACAUCCACAGUAUGCAGGGCCUGCCAUAUGGCCGAACUUUGGAAUCGCUUUUGUUUAUCUCAAGGUUCUGCUUCUGUGCAGAAGUGUUUGUGUUUUAUGUUGUGUCAUUUGA